UUUUCUCACUCCCACUCUCUCUCUCUCUCCACUGUCUCCCCUGCACUUUCUCAUCGCUCCCUUUCUCGCACCCCCUGCAAUCCAAUAUCUUUUCGCCAUCUCCCCGAGCAAAAUUCAGUUAUAGAGAGAGAAAGUUAGAGAGUUAGAGAGAGAGAGAGCCAGCAUGUUCUCUCUCUUCUUCCUCCUCCUCCUCCCUCUCCUCUCCGCCUCCGCUCCCGUUCCGCACCCCUACGGCAACGUCUCGUACCACAUCGACUGCGGCGGCAACUCCCCCGUCGUCGACUCCUUCAACACCACGUGGCUCCCCGACCGCUACUUCACGGGGGGCGCCGCCGCCGUCGUCUCCGAGCCCCUCCGCUUCCGGCAGCCCCAGGAGAAGACGCUCCGCUACUUCCCCCUCUCCUCCGGCAAGAAGAACUGCUACGUCCUCCCCGGCCUCCCCUCCGGCCGCUACUACCUCCGCACCUUCACCGUCUACGACAACUACGACGGCAAGUCCCACCCCCCGAGCUUUGACGCCUCCGUCGAGGGCACCAUCGUCUUCAGCUGGCGCUCCCCCUGGCCCUCCCCUGACCUCGCCGGCGGCAGCGGCGCCUACUCCGACCUCUUCGCCUUCGUCCGCGACGGCGAGGCCGACGUCUGCUUCUACAGCAUUGCCACCGACCCCCCCGUGAUCGGAUCCCUGUCGCUCGUCCAGGUCGAUCCGCUGUCUUACGAUUCCGCGUCCGUGGGCACCAAUUUCAUCCUGGUCAACUACGGGAGACUGGACUGCGGUGACGGUCAGUGGGGGCCGGGUUUCAGCGACGACGUCGACUACUUCGGCCGGUCCUGGCAGUCGGAUUACAGCGCCCGGACCGCCGCCACGCGUAAAAUCAUCGACGCCAUCUCGACCGCGAGCAGCAUCGCGGGGACCAAUCGGCAGCCCAAUUAUUUCCCCAUGAAAUUGUACCAGACCGCGGUGACGGUCGGUCAAAUGGGGGCCCUGGAGUAUGAAUUGGAGGUGGACGCCAAGCUGGAUUACCUGCUGUGGUUCCACUUCGCGGAGAUCGAUCCGGGAGUGAACAAGGCGGGCCAGAGGGUGUUCGAUGUCCUGGUGAACGGAGCGAACGCGACCAGGAUCGAUAUCUAUAAGGAGGUCGGGCGAUUCGCGGCUUUCGAUUGGCAUUACACCGUGAAGAAUUUGAGCACUACUGUUUUGAAUGUGAAGCUGGUGCCUGUUGUUGGUGCCCCAUUGCUUAGCGGAAUUGAGAACUACGCGCUGGUCCCUGCCGAUCUUGCUACUGAUCCUCAGCAAGUGAUUGCUAUGAGAUCAUUGAAGGAGUCACUUCGUGUUCCUGAUAGAAUGGGUUGGAAUGGUGAUCCUUGUGCUCCUACAAAUUGGGAUGCUUGGGAGGGAGUGACAUGCCAUACCAACAAGGACAAAACUGCCCUUGUAAUAUAUCAGAUAGAUCUCGGAAGUCAAGGCUUGAAGGGCUUUAUAAGUGAUCAAGUUGGCCUCCUGUCGAACUUGAUUAGCCUGAACUUAAGUUCCAAUUCUUUAGGGGGUAAUCUUCCAUCUGGGCUUGGUCAAAAAUCUCUUGUACGACUGGACUUAUCCAAUAAUCAGUUCGUGGGUUCCAUUCCAGAUAGUCUAACAGUGUCAAAUCUGCAGCUUGUGCUAUUAAAUGGUAACCAAUUGGAGGGAAGAGUACCGGAAGAAGUCUACUCAAUUGGUGUGCAUGGUGGAGAAAUAGACCUCUCUGAUAACAAAGGCUUGUGUGGUGUACCUACUUUGCCUGCAUGUCCUCUAUUUUGGCAAAAUGGCGGCUUGUCUACUGGUGGUAAAAUUGGCAUAGCCAUAUCGUGUCUUGUUGUAUUCUCUGUGCUGCUUGUGGUGGUAUACAUAUGCUGCAUAAGAAGGGGGAGGCAUGAUUAUGACUUUGCUCUACCUCAUGAAUUGAUGGCGCUCUCUGCAAAGAGAAACCGGUAUCAGAGACAAAAGUCGCUAAUGGUCCUAGAGAUGGAAAGCCAACAUGCUAAAAUACUGCCAUCGAAUUUGAGUCCCCAUUGAUGGCCUGCAGUAGUAAGAACAUCAAUUUUGACAGAAUUUUACCACAAAGGAGCAUAAAUGGACCUCGUCUGGUCGUGUAAAUUGAUUAAAAGAGAUGCAAGUGGCAGCAGCGCCUAUAGCAAGGUUGACUUGUAGGCCUCAGUUUGGCUUCUUCCAGACAAUUUGUCUCUUCAAUGGGCUCACAAGAAGUUUCAAAAUCUGUACAAUACAUUGGAUCAUUGAUGGAAUAUAGCUACAUUGUAUCAUACCGCGAUUCUGACAUACGUUGAAUACGUGCUGCGAAUUGACAGUUCAAGUUAUGUAAAUGGCUUCACUUAUUCGUGUCAAGUGGUUCUGAUACAUCACAUCAAUACUUAGUGUAUGAUUGGCUUCUAGCUGUUUUCGCCCAUACUAUGGGCUCUUUGGCUGAAUAACGAGGGCUGGUCCAUCUUUGGUGUGCU